UAUGCAUGAAUGCAUGAUGACAAAUUAAAUGUCUUCUGCACAUUUGAAAUAUUUUUUUUCUUUGCUGCAGUGUAAUUUUUUACAUUUUUAUCUUCAGGAUGUCGUUUGAUGAUUUCAAGAAAAACUUUACUAAAUUGGAAAUGUGCAACUUAACUCCUGACGCGCUGGAGGGUGAAGAGAGACAAAGCUGGACGGUGUCGAUCAACGAGGGCCGCUGGGUGAGAGGCAGCUCUGCUGGCGGCUGCAGAAACUUCCCAGACACGUUUUGGACCAACCCUCAGUACCGGCUGCGGCUGUACGAAGAGGACGACCCCGAUGAGAGGCAGGUGCUCUGCACUGUUGUGGUGGCUCUGAUGCAGAAGGGUCGGAGGAUGCAGCGCCACACCGGAGCCAAAUUCCUCACCAUUGGAUUUUCAAUUUAUGAGGUGCCAAAAGAGGUAGGAGUGUCUCGAAGGAGGAUGGGUUCCUAAUGAUCUCAUCACUUGUCUCUCCAGAGGGUGACUGUAACAGUAUGCAGACAGUAUUCGGUUGCUGAA